AUGGCUACCACCGUCACAUACGAGGAGGAGUUCUCCCGCAGCGGCAACCAGCAGCAGCAGCAGAAUAACGUUUGUCCGCCGCUGAUAUUCGGGCCGUUCCCAUACCAAGGCCCGCGGCCUCCCGUGCUGAAGCAGUCCAUGUUCGUGCGGCUGCCGCGAUACAGCGGGACUGAGAGCAUCGGUGGCGCAACCGUCAGAGCUUCACCUGCAGGUGCAGGAGAGUACGGCAACGCCGCCACCACUUCACUUCUUCGGACCCUGAACCUUGGUACAGAACCAGAUGGCCACGACGAACUCGCAGCCAUGAUGGCCAUGUACUCUGAGUCCACCAAUCCACCGGUGGCCAAGGCAGCAGCUACAGCAGCAAUGUACAGCGGCAACUCUAGCGCACUCAUGGCGCCUCAGCCGCAGCAAAUUGGUCACGGUGUGGUAGCAAACAGGGCAGAAGCCAUGGGCGCGCUCAACACCAACUACAGCGCUGCAGAGGCCGUGGCGCCUCAGCAUGUUGGUCACGGUGUGGCACCAAAACAUGCAGCAGCCGGACAAGAAGUACCCAACAAUGGCGACGACUUCAGCACCUACACGACAUCACUCAUGGCCCCUAACCAGGAGGAGCAUGUUUCAGCAACGCCAACGACGAUGCAUCGUUCACGGCGCCUCAGGAUCUCCGCGGCGCCAGAUGGUGAUCAGCUUGCACCAGGAGCACUGGACGCCAUCAGUGCAUCGCUCAUGGGGUCUCCGGGCCCUGGCGCGGCGAUGGAUGGGAACCCUGGCCUCGAGCUCGAGGCAAUGUUUUCUCCUGAUCAGUACGACGACAACACCAUGUUCCCACUGGAAGCUCUCCUGGGGCUGGAUGAUGCUCCCGUGUACGACGCCGGUGUAGACUACCAGCAGGGUGGCGCGGCUGGCGGGACCGCCGGCGAUGCUGCAGGGACCUCGCUGAUCGCCGAUGCUGAUGACAACCUUGACGUCCUGAAUGAUUAUUUGUUCAUGGACAGCACUGGGGAUUUCAACAAUGGCCGCAAGUAA